AUAGAUUUUAAGAGAGAAAAAAAGGAAAAUAAAAAAAGAAAAAGAGAUUCCAAACCCUCUCCUCCCAAAAUCGCAGCGUCGACCGCGGCGGCUUAUCCCCACCUUUGAUCGACUAUUUCGUCCCCAUCAAAUCCCUCGUAGAGCCGCUGACCUUCUCUGGGCGAUCCGAUCCAGUCGUGGUGCCUUGCGGUGCGGUUUUGUUUCCGAAAUUUUGUUGGGGAAUUUCUGCUGCGGGCGGCGCCGGCGCCGGAGGCGAAGAUGAUCCGUCUUCAGACGUACGCGGCGUUCAGCCUGCUGGCGACGGCGUCGGCGGUGUACUACGCCUUCAGCAGCCGGGACCAGUUCUACCCGGCGAUGGUCUACCUCUCCACCUCCAAGAUCUGCUUCGUGCUGCUCCUCAACACGGGCCUCGUCGCCAUGUGCGUCGCCUGGCAGCUCGUCAAGCGCAUCUUCCUGGGGUCGCUCCGGGAGGCCGAGGUCGAGCGCCUCAACGAGCAGUCCUGGCGGGAGGUCGUCGAGAUCCUCUUCGCGGUCACCAUCUUCCGCCAGGACUUCUCCGUCUCCUUCCUCGCCAUGGUCGCCGCGCUGCUCCUCGUUAAGGCGCUGCACUGGCUGGCAGGGAAGAGGGUCGAGUACAUCGAAACCACGCCUUCCGUGCCCACGCUAUCGCACAUCAGGAUCGUCUCCUUCAUGGCGUUCCUGCUCAUUGUCGACUGCCUCUUCCUGUCCAACUCGCUCAGGUCGCUCAUACAGAAGCGGGAGGCGUCAGUUGCCAUCUUCUUCUCCUUUGAGUAUAUGAUACUAGCAACAUCCACUGUGUCAACGUUUGUGAAGUAUGUAUUCUAUGUCAGUGACAUGCUAAUGGAAGGUCAAUGGGAGAAGAAAGCAGUUUAUACAUUUUACUUGGAGCUCAUCAGUGACCUUGUGCACUUGUCAUUAUACAUGCUGUUCUUCAUAGCUAUCUUCCUGAACUAUGGUGUCCCACUGCACUUAAUUCGUGAGCUAUAUGAGACCUUCCGCAACUUCAAAAUUCGCAUAGCAGAUUAUGUGCGCUACAGAAAGAUCACUUCCAACAUGAAUGAGCGCUUUCCAGAUGCUACAACAGAAGAGCUCAAUGCGAGCGAUGCUACAUGUAUCAUUUGCCGUGAGGAGAUGACUACAGCAAAGAAGCUGCUUUGUGGGCAUCUGUUCCAUGUGCAUUGUCUAAGGUCAUGGCUAGAGCGCCAACACACUUGCCCCACGUGCAGAGCUCCAAUCAUUCCCCCAGAUAAUGGACGUGCGGCAGCAGCACGACAACAUGGAGCUCAGCCUGGAGUUCAGCCUGCUGCAGGUACUGGUACUCCUGCCUCAGAAGGAGCAUCAGGUGAGAACAUGAGCAGGCGCCAAGCAAAACUUGAAGCAGCUGCUGCAGCUGCUUCUUUAUAUGGAAGAUCUUUUGCUUAUCCUCCAGCGAACAACCUAAAUAGGUCAGGUCCUCCCCAGUCUACAUCAAGUACACCACAAGCUGAAGCAAGUAGCUCCAAUCAGUCUCAGAAAGACCAAGAACUGCAGUUCCAAAACACCAGCAAUGGUUUAGCACCUCUGCCUUUUAAUGCACAUGGUGCGAUUGGUUCAGGAGCAAGCACCAGGGAUCUUGAAAAUUCACUGCAGAAGGCACAAGAAAACUUUAUAAAGAGCCAGAUAGAGAUGUUGCAAAUCCAAUUGCAAAUGGUUCAGCGUGGCGCUGCUGCAUUGGCAAAUAACAAUGAGAAUGCUGAGCACACAAAGAAUGACUGAAGCUGUAAAUAGGUGGAGAUGAGGAUGGGAUAAACAAAGACAAGAAUUGGCAAUACCUGAGGGGAAAAAGUUAGAUGAUGCCUUGCCUUGAUUUUGGUAGGCUUGUUCGUUUAAACUUCCCCGUUAGUUUCUUCUCUUUGUGUUGUGGUUUCCGUAGUCUGGAUCCAUCAAGCCCGUAUAAUACCUUUUGAUGAGAGGUUGUCGUGUUGUAACAAUGGCUAGUUUCAUAGUAAUUAUGAGAAUAAACAAAAUCCAUCGAAAAUAGAAAUGACUUUUUUUUGGCUUAUCUAUGCUAUAUCGGAAGAAAAGCUUGCUAUUGCA